GCGCGUCUAAUAAACUCGACCAUUCGUGACCCCCGCACUCCUAUCGAAGCUUUGCAAACAAAUGCGGAAACUGUUCCCGACAACUUUCCUGAAAACUAUAAUGCCAUCGAAACUGCCACUCCUGAUGUCAUUGACG